UAAUGUUAUUUCAUGCGGUAAAAGUAGAGCAAAUAAGAAAAGCAUAACGAUUUCUAGACAUUUAAUUAUAUCCGUCAAAGAAAACUUAAGCCUAUCAUUAAAUUAUGUUGUGAGUUUAGUUGAGAGAUCAGUUUAAUAGUUUACUCUGUGAGUAAAAACGUAUAGCGUAUUUUUAAAUAAUGAUAACCAUAUUAAUAAUAAUGUUGUCUUGUUUUUCAACAAAUUGCUCCCGGUGGUAUUCUGCGAGUUUACAGAAUAACAGUGCUGUAGAAUCAUUUAAAGAAGUUCAAAACUUUUCUCCAAUAUUGACUAUUAAUCCAGAGCAAUAUUACAUGACGGCAAAAUUUAAAGAAGGUGACACAGAGAGCAAAUAUAUAAAUUCCGAGCAUCGAAAACAAGAAGAGCAUUUCAAAAAUAUUAUACAUCAAACUCAGCAUACCUUUAAACCGAAAAGAAAGAUUUCAAGAUGCAGGGAACCACCAAGAAGAUUGAAAAAAUUUAAGACAGAAAUACCAAGAGACAGUCGUUUUCUAGAUAUAUUCGAGGUUAUUGAAUUUGAUCAUGUCCCUUGCACAUCUUCUAAUGGAUUGGAAGGAUUAUGUCUUCAUGAAUAUGACUGCCAGAAGUCAGGUGGUACUAAUAUGGGAGAGUGUGCUGAUGGCUAUGGAACAUGUUGUAUAGUGCAAUUCACAUGCGAAAGUAGAUCUGCAUCUCCCAAGGGGUGGUUUACUAAUCGAGAGUUUCCCUUACCAACCCUUGAUAGACUGUCGUGCACCAUUACUUUGGAGAAAGCAUGGCCAGAAGUUAAGCAAUUAAGACUGGAUUUUUUAACAUUUGAGUUGUUGCCUCCCAACUCUGGAAAUUGUGAACAAGACCAGUUUAUAAUAACGGGACAAGAUGUCAACAAUGUGUUACCGAUCUUAUGCGGUAUCAAUACGGGCCAACACGUUUAUGUAGAAGUUGGAAAUUCGGCAGGUCCUAUCAAUUUGUCGAUCCAAACUGUUACACCUGAGAGUCGUAUAUUUGCUAUAAAGAUUACACAACUUUUGCCAAAUAAUGCCUUAUCACCACCGUCUGGAUGUCUUCAGUAUUUCCAAGAAGAGCAGGGAUAUUUGGUAUCUUUUAACUAUCGGGACAUUUCCGAAAUAUCGAUUGGAAAAACAUCAUCUUAUCUGAAUAAUCUAAAUUAUGUCAUUUGUAUACAACGUCAACCGGGCUCUUGCAGUAUCACAUAUAAAAAUGCUGGAUACAUGCAGAUCGUUAAUUACAAUGGUGGUCUUCCAAUAUUACCACCAAGACAAGCAGGAGUAGAAAUUUUUAAUUGUCCGUCAGACUGGCUGUUAAUAUCCGCAGUACGACUUUGUGGAGAACGAUUAAAUGAUGGGUCUGCCGUUCAAGACUUCUCUUUUGAUGCACCCGUUACAGAUAGUGCUGUUGGUCCGAUAAUGGUUUGGUUUAGAUCUGAUAGUGUUUACACUGGCCGUGGCUUUAAAUUACACUAUCAGCAAAAUUUGUGCUUAAAUGCUUCAUAAAUUAUAACGGUUUCAUUAAAAAUAAUCUAAUUAUAUAAAAAGUUAUACUCCUGAAAUUAUUAUUUUAAUGUUGGUGAGGUAAUAUAAAGAAAUCGUCUUACAACCUAAUAAGUUAAAAAUACCUAUCUAUUAUAUAUUUUUAAUAGUGCACACAUUAAACUCAAGAAUAUACUUGAUAUAUAUUAUCAUAGAUUAGCCAAUAACUAUAGUGCCUAUUUUUUUUAAAUACAUUGAGUUAUAUUAUAUAGUAUUGUUAUUUAUAUUUUCUAGGUUUUGGCACUUUGGGUGUCAUUACUAUAAACAAAUAAAUUAUAAUUAAUAUCUUAUAGGUACCUGCUUUUGUUCCCAAUCAUAUAAAUUUUUUUUUUAUCUCUUUGUGUAAUUAUACAAUGUGUUUUAUACAAUUACUAUUACCAUGGUCGUUGCUCAAUACUGCCCAAUGCAUAUGUUCAGAGAAAUUCUUAUAUAUAUUUUUAGUUACUA